AUGGAAAGCGUUAGAAGCUUAGUUGCAGACAAACCAGUGGUGAUAUUCAGCAAGAGCUCUUGCUGCAUGAGCCACUCGAUCCAAACACUGAUCUCAGGAUUCGGGGCAAAGAUGACAGUGUACGAGCUGGACCAGUUGUCAAACGGUCAGGAGAUGGAGAAAGCAUUGGUACAGAUGGGGUGUAAGCCCAGUGUACCAGCUGUGUUCAUAGGGCAGCAGUUAAUCGGUGGUGCUAACCAGGUCAUGACUCUCCAAGUCAAGAACCAGCUAGCCUCGCUGCUAAGAAGAGCCGGAGCCAUAUGGGUUUAA